CUCGCAGCUCGUCCUGUUCCAGCCUUCGUCACCACUCAAACUCUCCUUCUUCACCAUUCACGCUCGCUAUUCACCCUCGACAUCCCCCCCUCGUCCUCGAAACGCCAGACUGCGCCGACAAUCGUCUUUGAACAUUUUCUUUGUCACUGCAAGAAUCGAACGGCGACGACGAUAACAACGACGACCAACUCUCGCUCUUUUCACUCUCCUGCACCGCAGUCCCUAGAGUUUCCGCUCGUUCCAAUUCCCGGUUUUUUCUCACCCUCCAACCUCCCCUUGCAGAUCUCAAUGACACAACCCACCACCCUCCUCGAAUAGCUCUUCCUGCCAUCAUCGAGCUCACCACUGAAGAAAGAAAAUAAUCCCUAAUUCCUUCUCCCCAUACAUUACCGGAUCAUCGAUUGCUGAAGAGGUGUUCGCCCUGGUUGGCGCCCUGGAAUCUUUGCAUCUGCCAUUUUCUCUCUGCCACCCUAAACAACCGCGUCCAGUCGCAGACGCCAACUGCGACGACUUCUCCCCAACAUGCGACCGCAAACUUCCCUCUCCUACCUCCUCUCUCUCCUCGCCGCCAUCUCAUUAUCACCAUUCGCACUCGCAGAAAACAUCAUCGAGUCCAACUCGCUGAAUUCUUGCAAGAGUGGCUCCAACUUCACAGCAACCUUGUUCAAUGUUGCAUACACGCCGGGCAACAGCAGUAUCGGCCUCAACAUUAACGGUGUCUCGUCCAUUGUAGGAAAUGUAACGGCGCAACUGGAGGUUAUUGCCUAUGGAUUCACCAUCCUCAACGAGACUCUCGACCCCUGUUCCAUGGAUCUUUCGGGUUUCUGUCCCAUGCAGACCGGCCAAAUCGACAUCCAGACAAAUAUCGACGUGCCAAAGGAUGUCGCUAAACAGGUUCCCGGAAUCGCAUACAGCGUACCAGAUUUGGACGGUGUGGUUCGUGUCUAUGUCACCUCCCUCGACACGGGUGAGGUGAUUGCUUGCAUGGAAGCUGAUCUCUCCAACACCAAGAGCGUGUAUCAUCCAGCUGUGGGUUGGGCCACGGCCGUUAUUGCCGGCUUGGGUCUGGUAGCCGCUGGUUUGACGUCUGGUCUCGGUCAUCCCAACACGGCUGCUCAUGUUGCAGCGAACGCUGUAUCGCUCUUUGGCUUCUUCCAAGCCCAGGCCGUCAUUGGCAUGACCUCUGUCACCAUGCCUCCGAUUGUGCAAUCUUGGACCCAGAACUUCCAAUGGAGUAUGGGCAUCAUUCGUGUAGGAUUCCUUCAAUCGAUUGCAACGUGGUAUCAGCGGGCAACCGGCGGAACGCCCACCACCUACCUUUCCACCCUCAGCACAUUUUCGGUUCAAGUGCAGAAACGCGCCAUUAAACGCUCUCUGGAUGUUAUGACUACCUUUGCCGCCCAAAACCUACGCUACCUGGCGAAACGCCAAAGCUCUGCGACCACCACUACCGUCGCGAACGUCAAAGUCGUUCGUGGAAUCGAUAGAGUCGGUUUUAGGGCCGGAAUCGAACAGACCAACAUCUUCAUGACCGGCCUGAUAUUUUUCGUCUUCAUCCUAUUCUUAGUGGCCGUCUUGGUCGCCCUGACCAAGGUCGUUCUUGAUGGUUGUGCCAAGGCAGGUUGGAUGAAGUCUGAUAAGUUCCUCGAGUUCCGAAAUGGCUGGAAAAUUGUCAUCAAGGGUAUUCUUUUCCGAUUGGUUCUUCUCGGUUUCGUGCAAAUGUCCGUUCUCUGCUUAUGGGAAUUGGUCGAACGAGACUCAGCGGCUGAAGUUGUCUUGGCCUUGAUUGUCUUCAUCUCCAUGGCUGUCGCCUUGGGUUGGGCAUCGUUUAAAGUCAUUCAACUUGCGAAGAAAUCGGUCGCUAUGCACAAGAACCCAGCCUACAUUCUCUAUUCUGACCCUGAAUGCCUCAACAAGUGGGGAUUCCUCUAUGUGCAGUAUCGCGCCACCGCAUACUACUUUGUGGUUCCUCUGCUGGGCUACAUUCUGAUCAAGGCCAUCUUUAUCGCCUUUGCACAGAAAUCGCCCGUGGCUCAAGCGGUGGGGUUGGUUAUUGUCGAGGCGGUGGCACUGAUCGCCGUCAGCAUCCUCCGGCCCUUCAUGGACAAGAAGACCAACAUCUUCAACAUCUCCAUCGCCUCGGUCAAUUUCCUCAACGCCAUCUUCCUCCUCGUCUUUUCGAAUGCAUUCGGACAGCCGGAGAUGGUCUCGGGCGUCAUGGGCGUCAUCUUCGCCUUCUACAACGUUGUCUUUGCGGCCGUGUUGCUCAUCCUUGUACUCAUUGCCUCCAUCUACGCCAUAGCGUCCAAGAACCCCGAGGUCAGAUACCAGCCAAUGCGCGAUGAUCGAGGAAGCUUCAUCAAGUCUCAAGCCGCGCUCACUACCGAACUGGAUGCGCUAGGUGCCACGGCUAGAGGGGAUGGCAAGAAUACGUACACCAACGACAAGGGUUACGAUGACGAUGCGUCUUUCUCCAGUGAUUCGUUGAAACAUCAAUCCGAUAUCUCACAACGACCUAUGUCCCAGAACCACGCCGCCAACCCUCAGCAGGACUACAAUACACCCAUGUACCCCAGCGACCAGCCCGGACGACGUGGUCCCCCACAGUCGUACGAACAACGACAAAUGUACAACCAAGGGUACAACGCCGGUGGUGAUUACGGUUACGGCGGAAGACCGACAACAACAUCCUCUCAACCCUCAUACGAUCGAAGCAUGAGCAGCCUUGCCAGUGGUGGCUACGGGCCCCCGCCUCCCCGUUCUGCGCAAGGCGGGUAUCCUCCACAACAAGGCUUCCGGCAGCAAAACAACUCGAGUCCCUGGCAAAGAGGGGCUGGAUAUGAGUGACUACACUCGGGCCAGGUAAACUCAGCGGGGGAUGGAAGUGAACAGACAGUGGGGAACCACCAGCAUCUCAAUCCGAAUCCCAGCCAAGACAGGAGGGGAAGGCUCGAGAUGAGCGAGAUGAAGCUGGAAAGCGGAUACUGGGACCGAGAUUGGUGGACCCGUGAGUACGCUAAGGGCUAGACAUACUCAAGCCGGGAAGUGUCUCAAACGAAGGCGCACUCCGAAAGGGAGACGAAAAAGGUCAUACCCAGCCUGAGAGGGUCACUAUGUGAUGAGACAUGAAACUGAUUUUUUUUCUGCAUCCACCGACCGUCAACUGCAUCUUGCGCGCUUGGAAUCAUGGCCCAUAUUUGUCAAACUGUGAUCUUUCGGGUUAUGGCUGCUAGAGCUGUGAAAGACUUCGACGCAUCGAGGGGGCAUUUUCAGGGCGGUGCAUUACAGGAGCAUCCCAGCGGCGUUCAUAUGUUGACCUGUUUUUUAUGUAUGAGUACUCAAGUACAAGGGAAGAAAAAGACAAAGAUCCCAAUCAUAGCAAGAGAUGAUUACACCUGAGUGCGAAGAUUUGUUUUGUUUUAAAUUUGAUCAUCUCUGUAGACGUGAGAUGUGUGGAUGUAUA